GCGCUCCCCCAUUGGCUGCCCGGGGCUGUCAGUCGGGCACCGCGCGGGGUCCGGCCAUAUGCUAUAAAGGCGGCGAGGGCGCAGCCGGCUCCAGACCCGCGGAGCCGCGAUCGCCGCGUAGCGUCCCCACCAGGCCCGCCCCGCGCAGCGCCAUGAGCCAGCUCAGCUCCAAUGAGUCCCCAGCCCCCAGCCAGGCUCCCAGCCGUGAGGAGAAAGCCAAAGCCGGGAACACCAAGAAGGUGGAGGAGGAGGAGGAGGAGAUAGACAUCGACCUGAACGCGCCCGAGACUGAGAAGGCAGCGCUUGCCAUCCAGGGCAAGUUCCGUCGCUUCCAGAAACGGAAAAAGGACCCCAGCCCCUGAGCAGCUCUGCCACCCCGUCCCCCAUCCCCCCUCUGCCAGCACAGCCCGGUUCGCCCCGUGUUUGCUCGCUCCUGCCCUGCCCAGCCCAGCUUGGGCUGUUGGUAUUUUGCACGUUCUAUGUACCUGGUUUCGGGGGACGAGGGGCUCCCCAGACCCAGCUGCACCCACAUGCCGAGCUCCUGCCUGGGAAAGCGGGGCGUCCUCUUCUUAUAGCCAUGAUGUCGGCACGGCAGGCUCCUGGUGCCAUCCUCAGAAAGCCAUGAAGGGGCCACGGGCCCCAGGCUGGACAGUGCCUCCUGGGGGCCUCGGGCCAGGGUAGGGGCAGCCCUGGGAGAGUCCUGGGCUGGAAUUCAGAGCCAGUCGGACAUAACUGCCCAUUAGCCCUGGCUAAACCAACUCCUGGCAUGAGGGGUUCUGCUCUUGAGCACCCCCCAUCCUGAGUGGACACCCCUGAGCCACCCCACCCUGACCUAAGGGGGGGGCUGCCCCUUAGCUCCCCUACACCCCCAUCCUGAGCAGCUUCCCAUCAACCCCAGGCCAUGGGGCCACCCACUCCCACCAGGGACCCUGACUGGGACAGCCAGAGGCCCAGGACCAGAUGGGGGGUGGGGGUACAGAGCCAAGGAGAGGGUCGGGAAGUGGCCCAGAGCCAUGCAGGGGGAGGGGAAGGGCCAUAAAGCCAGAUGCGGGGGAUCAGAGCUGAGUAGACCCAGGACCACGAGGGGCAGGCAGGGCUAGUGGGUGGAGGACAGGGCCUAUGGCCAGGCCAGGAGGGGGAAGGGCCCUAGGUGGGGUGUGUGUGCUGCAGGAUGCCCCCCAGUCCCGUGGGACCAGGCCUGAAUUGCAGAUAAACAGGGCAGGCCCCACCAAAUGUCUAGGCUCCCCCAGGGCCAGGCAGGGGAGGGGGUCUGGGGCCAGGAGAGGGGCAAGGUCACCUUUCCCUCCAGGAUUUUCUUAGAGAACAUGGGGGCCGGAGGCAGCUGGUGACCCCUCCCCUGGGCUGGUGUUGCCUGGAGCCGUGGACAGAGGUGACUGUGGGGUGGGGGUGGGGGAAUGUCCAGGCCCUGCUGGGGAGCAGGAGCCAGGCUUUGAUCUGCUUUGGCCAGGUGGGGAGCUCCUGCUCUGAGCCCCACGUAGCGAGCACACGGUGUGUUCACACCGGCUCCUUGGAGAACCCUCCCCACUGCGAACAAGGGGGACUCCCCCCGAGUGGAAAUGCCCUCCCCCAUUGGGGCACAGUGGGGAUCCCUUCCCACACAGAGAACAAUGGGGACUCCCCCCCCAAACUGGGAACAGUGGAGACCUCUGUCCCCCAUUGAGAACAAUGGGGGGGCUCCCCCCCGCGACUGGGAAUAAUGGAGAUCCCCAUCCCCCCACUGUGAAUGAUGGAGAGCUCCUGUCCCCCCAAUUAGAACAAUGGGGAUACCCCCCUACUGGGAACAAUGGGAACUCUCUUUCCCUCCCCCACUGGGAACAAUGGGGAUCCCCCCCCCGACUGGGAACAGUGGAGACCCCUGUCCCCCAUUGAGAACAAUGGGGGGCUCCCCCCCCGCGACUGGGAACAAUGGAGAUCCCCAUCCCCCCACUGUGAAUGAUGGAGACCUCCUGUCCCCCAAUUAGAACAAUGGGGAUACCCCUCUACUGGGAACAAUGGGAACUCCCUUCCCCUCCCCCACUGGGAACAAUGGGGAUCCCCCCCCGACUGGGAACAGUGGAGACCCCUGUCCCCCACUGGGAACAAUGGAGACUCCUGAGCGCAAUGAGCAUGGCUGGGUGCCAAGGUGUGGGGAGGGGGAGGGCACAGGGGUGCUAGGGAUUGGGGAGCAGGGCACAGCUGUGAGCAGGAGGAGGUAGCAGAAGGCAGCCGGAGUGAGGGGGUUGGUGGGUCGGAGAUGAGGGCUGGACAGGGAGAAAGGAACAAGUGAGCCAGAGCUGGAGGGGGUGGCAUUCCCCAGUGGGGCUAGCAGAGGGGAGCUCCAGGCACUGGGAGCCCAUGGCACUGCACCCCAUCCCCCCCAAUUAAGAGAGGCACUGAGUCCCCCCCAGCUUAGGCAGGAGUCCUAGGUGCUCCCCUCCCCCCCUUCCAGGGCCCCAGUCCAUGCAGCGUCUCAGCUGCCUGUCCCCCUCCACCCGUGCCCCUCUCAAGCGUUGGGCUGACACCGUCCCACUGCUGUGCCUCCUGCUGCUGGCACAGCCCCCCAGCACUGUAAGGCCUCGGUAUUCCCCAGCAUUGGAUUCAACCCGCCUCCACCCCCAGCCCGCCAGGAGCUGCAGCCCGAGCACCAGGGAGCGCUGUGCAGCUGUGCGCGAUUGGAGGGGCCAGGCCGCACCGUCCCCUGGCCGUAGCGCUGGGGGGACGAUGCGGCCCGCAGGGCGGACACAGCUGCUGCGAGGACUGGCUCUUUUAGCAUGUUUACGUAAUAAAACGUCUGGGAACAGUG